CAUCGAAACGUUUCCUCCAAUCAGAGCGGAGUGUGUUUUUUGUAGCUAUUGCACGUUAAUAGAUGGGACACUGAGUGACCUCGAGUCAUGAAGCCGUGUUUAUCUGUUCAUUCUGAGUUUGGUUGGGAAAUGAGUUGGAGAAGUUUAUAAGAAGGUUCGGUCCGUCACAGCCAGAGCCAUGUACUCGGGUAAAAGACGGGGAGAAAAUGGAAUUGGCGCCAUCAUCGACUUCCUGCUCUCCAACGCCCGAUUGGUUCUCGGCGUGGGCGGGGUCGCCGUCUUGGGCAUCGCCACGUUAGCUGUGAAAAAGCUGAUCGAACGUGCCGGCCGACCCCCCGAUGACGCCAACCCUGAGAAAAAGACAUCUGAAGGCUGGGAGGAACUUAGCUCUCCUAAACUGCUUCAGAAGGGCAUUGAGGGUGUGGUGAUAAAACAAAUUGCUGCAGCCACCCAGAAAGACCUGUCUCAGUCCACACCCCAGAACCAGUCCCAGACUCGGGGGAAUGGAUCCGACCCGUCUCAGUCUCGGAGACGGCUAGACCUCUGCGUGUUCACCUUCUCAGAAAGACUGGAGCAGUAUUACCGGACACGUGCGUGUCUGCCCCCGAGCGAAGUGUCCCGAGCUCAGCAGAAAGCGCUGGAUAUUGCCACAGAGAUUCAGGCCUUCCUGCACUCCAAGCACCCCGACAUGCCCCUGGGGGAGAACGUUAGCGGGUCGCUGCUCGACGACCUGCAGGUGGUCAAGGCUGAUCAUGCUUGCCUGCUCGUGCCACUGCAGCUGGAACCCAGUUUUUGGACCCCGAUCGCCGGAGAGGACACUUUUCUCGGCCAUCCUCAGUACUGCAUGCUGCGUCGAGGAAACCUGGAGUAUUUCCCGCGUGGGCGGAGCUAUUGGGACAGACACCUCCUCGGGGGCUACCUGUCCUCCCAACUCGUUGCCGAGCAACUACGCAAAUCCAUAAUGGAGUCGAUGAACUGGCCGUCGCUGGUUGGAACCCUGGAGCGCGAGGUGCGCCCGGUACUCGGGUCUCCGGCACUGAAACUGGAGAUCCGUGCCGAGGGAGAAAGCAGAAAUUUGGAUGAAGAGCAGCUGUUUAUUAGCAUCCUGCCGACCGUGCGCUUAGGGCGCAUGACGCUGACGGCACAGCCGGAAAUCACCGGGUCUUUUGACUACGUGUGGUACCAGAGCCUCUACACAAGCGAGACUACUCGCCUGGCCUGCCUCGACCAAUCGAACGACGGCUCGGGCGUUAGGAGGAAGUGCCUAAAAACGCUGAAGGCCGUGUGCCGAAACUGUCCCGCCCUCCACAAGCUGACUGGAGCUCAGCUGAGCAACGUCGUCCUGCACAUGAGCGAGAAGGAGUCCGAUUGGACCGAGGCGGCGUUUACGGACCGGUUCCAGCAGGCCAUCACCGAGCUAAUCGGGUACCUGGAGACGGGGUUCCUCCCCAGUUACUUUAAACCCGCUGUGAAUCUCCUGCAGGGCUUCACUGAGGACGACAUCGACGAGAUGGGCUUCAUGCUGUACUGCGCCGUGAGCGAGCCGGAGAUACUGCUCAUAUAACCAACUGUGCUUCUAAUAAACACUCAUGUCUCUACACACACACACACACACACUAUAAUGUGCUUCAUUCUGAUCGUGUGCAGUUCAUCGUUUUUAUUUAUCAUUUCAGAGAAACUUGUAUUUACUCUCCAGCUAUAAAAGAGUCUGAGGCGAUCACUUCACCUGAUUUUAUGCCUCAACCGCCAAAGAUCAUCAGAUCGUUGAACACUGGAGAGAGCCUCUCAUCACGAGCAGAAAUGACUGAUCAUCUCCAGAACUUUUGGAACUCAUGAUCGUUAUCAAAAUGGUCUUGAUCCUCAUUUACAGUGUGUUUUCUUCAGGCUGAUGGAGCUCCAUGGUUGUGGUUCCAGGAUCCGUGCAAAGUGACACAAAGUACACGCCUCAUCCCAUAGUCGCACGUGACUUCAACCGUUAGAGGUUUCAGCAGAUCUAAUUACAAACCACACCUUUAAAGCAGUAAAGCGUCCUCGCUCCAACAGAACCUUCUAGAUGGAGCAUUUGAAGUUCUGCUGAAGACCAAUCUGAUUGAGUGAUGCAGGGUUCACUACACUGUGCUGCAGUUACUUAUACAUGGAUUUUAUUGUUUAAUAAUCUGAUAAAUAUAUUGAUGGCACUUUAGUGAACCACGGAGAAAAACAAAGCAAUAAAAUAAAUCUGCUGUUUAUGAAAUCCCACUGCUGAAGCUGAAGACUCUGGUGUUUCUCUUGAGGUGUGUGUGUGUGUGUGUGUGUGUGUGUUGCAGUCUCCUCCCUGAACAAGGACCGCUCGUAAUAAUUCAGGGUCUGGAGAAUAAUUUCAGCUCUGUUAGAUGAAUAAAGUGUUAUUUUGAAUCAA